GUCAACGUGGCUUUGUCUAAGCACAGUCAAGGCUCGUCCGUUUUUAACUCUCGCAGUGUGUCGCGCCCAACAUCUGCGACAUCUUUUUGCGUUCUUUUUUUGCUUGUUUUUUCGCGGAAAGACCGAUUCUCGUCUGGUUAUCGUCUGCGGAUCUCUCCCUUACAGUCUUAUCUGUCUCGACUGACGUGGCCAGCUGCAGAUAGAGGAACCUAACGUCGUGGCGUGCCAGGAGUGUAAAACGUAUAUACUUUCCCGCGACCACCUCGCCCCAGGAACCCCAAAUUCGCAAGAUAAGGGCGUGCGUGUGUGUGUGUGCUGUGGUCCGCGUUUUGUCGAGGAAUCGAAUCGGAGUGGAUCAUAGAUGGCUUUCGGCGUUCGGAGUUGGUCGGGCCGGUUGGCGGCAUGCUUCCUGUGCGUGCUGUGCAUCGUGGGCUCGUACCGCGCCGUCGCCGAAGCAGGCACCCCGGAAACAUCCGACGACAAGCUGGCUACGGUCCGCAGGAAGUACGGCCGAAAAGACAUUAUUCAGGACAUAGAGCAUCUCAAAGAAGAUCUGAAGAUGAUCACGGAUCUGCAACUGGAAGGCAAGCUCACGGAAGACGAGACAGUGUUCUAUUUUUUUCGGAUGCACGACUUCGACAACAACAACAAGCUGGAUGGUUUAGAGCUCCUGGCAGCCAUGCAACACACGGAAAACCACGACCAUUCGUCAUCCAACACCGACUCUGACAAGAAAGUUGACAUUCAGCGGUUUAUAAUGUCCGUGGACUCCCUUCUGCUGCUUGACAAGGAUAACGAUGGAUUCCUUGAGUACUCCGAACUGCAGGCUUCGGCCGACGACGAAUCCUAAAAGCAAGCUUUGCGCGCGUGUUCAAAAUGAGCACGGCACGCCUUUGGAAUGUGCGGUACCGAGUCCGGGCACAUUUAUGUCCUAGUCAUUCUUAACCCGAGAACCGUGUGAACGUUACGUGUACUAUUAAUCAACCGUGAGAUUUCGGAUGGCUGAGCUUGCAGACCAGAUCAGUCACGUGGCACAAGGCUGACGGUUCAUUUGUUCCGUACAUUCUAAAAAAAGCCCGUGGAUCCGCUUUCCCGCGCAACACCCGGAGAGCCAAUCGCGGCAUCUUACGAAGGCAGCUCGGCGAAUGACGAUGCGGAAAUAUAUGUUUAGACCAAAACACGCAGUCUGAGUUGUGACAUUAAGCAAUGCAAGCGUGACGGUUUGCAUUGCUUAAUGUCACAACUCAGACUGCGGUUUUUGGUCUAAACAUAUGUUUUGGCAUCGUCAUUCGCCGAGCUGCCUUCGUAAGAUGCCGUGGUUGGCUCUCCGAGUGUUACGCGGGAAAGCGGAAGCACGGGCUUUUUUUUUUUUUAGAGUGUAGGUGCUAACAGUUUCACUUCAUUGGCAGUUUCUUAUUCGGAAGACCCAUAGUGUUUAAAAAGAAAAGUUGGCAACAAAUGACAUCACCUGGUAGCAGAAGAUCAGAUUAUAAACGAACAAAAAACAAUAGGUUCCGUGUUUUUUUGUUUUUUUUUUUAGCACCAGAAAUGUGUGCUAUGCUACGAGUAUUACCGAUGGCAAUACGCAAAGAGAUCAACUAAGAUUUCCCAAACUGCCAGUUCGAGCGCAAGCUAUUCUUGAAUAUUGAGGGAAAUCGCAUGGUGGGGCGCUGGUUAAAUGUGGUUCGAGUUGUGGUGGUCCAUUGGUUAUUGAUUAGGGUUAUAAGGGUGCUUCUUUAGCUACAUAGAUUGUCAUUUGACUUUAUACAGAGUGGCCGAGAAAUAUAUUCACUGUAUAAUAUUUGCCACAUAUUUAUUCUCGACGAAUGUCUUUUGAUAAUGUUUAGCAUAUGUUAACAAAUAACAAAUUGGUCGCCCUUUUCGACAUCGAUGUGCUAUUUUAGAAUGUAGGAGUUUCAAUAUUUCUAGUAGGCUAAUGCCAAUUCGCAUUUUAUACGUAUUGAUAAUGAAAGUUGCUUCACCCUUGUGUUUUGCUUCAUUUACACCGAAGGAGUGAAUGUAUUCACAAAACAAUAAACCAGUUUACUGAAUAA